GGCCGGUGGCCCUUGCCCUUGCCCGGCGGCAGCAUGAGCCAGGCCGAGUUGUCCACCUGCUCGGCGCCGCAGACUCAGCGCAUCUUCCAGGAAGCUGUGCGCAAAGGCAACACGCAGGAGCUGCAGUCGCUGCUGCAGAACAUGACUAACUGCGAGUUCAACGUGAACUCUUUUGGGCCCGAGGGCCAGACGGCACUGCACCAGUCAGUCAUCGACGGCAACCUGGAGCUCGUGAAGCUACUGGUUAAGUUCGGCGCCGACAUCCGCCUAGCCAACCGCGACGGCUGGAGCGCGCUGCACAUCGCCGCAUUCGGCGGCCACCAGGACAUCGUGCUCUAUCUCAUCACCAAGGCCAAGUACGCGGCCAGUGGCCGGUGAUGCCCGCCGGGACCCAGGACCCCGGCCGCGCCGUCUCUG